AAAAAAUCCUCCGGAAAAGAAAAAAAAAAAAAAGAGCAGAGAAGAGCAGCGAUAAUGGCGAGAAAUUUUUUUGUUUGGUUUGCUUUGGCCGCAAUCUUAUGCUCUCUAACUGCGAUCUCAGCCAAAGUGAGUGAAUCGAAAGAGUUCGUUUUGACUUUGGAUCACUCUAACUUUACUCGCUUCGUUACUCAACACAAUUUCGUCGUCGUCAAAUUCUACGCUCCUUGGUGUCGGCACAGUCAGAAUCUUGCUCCAGAGUACGAGAAAGCAGCAUCUGUGCUGAGUAACCACCACCCUCCAAUCAUUCUAGCUAAAUUUGAUGCCGAUGAUGAAGCAAACAAAUACUUAGCAAAGCAAUAUAGAAUCCGGGGUUAUCCUACAGUUAAAAUUUUCAGAAAUGGAGGACAGUUGAUUCAAGAAUACAGAGACUCACGCCGAGCUGAUUAUAUUGUGGAGUAUUUGAAGGAACAAAUUAGUCCUGCUUCUGUUGAAAUCAAGUCUGCUAAAGAUGCCAGUGGUAUAAUUCCUCAAAAUAAGAUAACAAUUGACUUUACUGUGGAAGCUAUAGAGAAGUUUUUUGGAGAAGCAUUAGGACUUUAAUGGUUUAAUGUGGACUUUAAUGGUUUAAUGUGGACAUGGCUUUAAGUAACAUCCGAUCCGGAUAAGUUAAACCAAGCCAGGAUAUUUGUAGCUCAUUAUAAUGUCUCUUACGCCAAUUUUUUUCUGUUCUUGCUGGUUGCUUUGAAUUGAUUUCUAUGCUGUAAUUAAGUUGAAUAAUUUAAUAAUUUGUUUUGUACACGCUUAUAUAUUUUUAUCGGGUUCAUUUUUUAUUGAAUUUUUAUUUUAAUUAUUUUUAAUA